AUGUCGGACAACAACGCCCAUCCUGGUGUUCGCAGCCUGCUGGCCAAGUUUGAGAACAGCCAGAGCCCGAUUACCUCCCCACCAUCUCGGGGCCGAUCCCCCGUUGGCUCAGAUACCCCAGGUUCGACCAGGCCGCUAUCCAAGGUCCGUGCCAGCUUCGUGACGGUGGAUGGAGCCAUUGGGUCAAGCCCGGGGUCACCAUUCAGGAACACAAGUGGCCGGAGUGACAGUCCUGGCAUCUUUGGGCCUAAGAUCAAUGCGGAGGAGAUCGAGUUGCGCCGUCAGAACAACGUGGUCUCUCCGACACCAGAUGGCCAUGGCAAGUCUCAAACAAGCAUCCUUGAUGGAGUGGCAGAUAAAGUCACCGAAAAAUCCGAAGUGGUGACAAAUCAGCGGAAGAUCAGUGACAGCCAAGGGACUGUGGCACCUGCUGAAAGUGCUGGUCAGUCGGAGGCUGCGGCGGCAAAAAAGGAAAAGCCAUCUUCAGGUGCGCCGACAACUGCGGACGUUGGAGGUUCAUCUGAGAAAGAGAAAGCGGCACCAAAGACAGUCAGCAAGCGCCCCUCCAAUGUUCACACAGCUAAACAGAGCGCUACCACCAAACCCACUCCCCACACUACAACCUCGACCUCGUCAAGAACAACCACCAAUAAUGGAAGUGCCAAACCCACCUCAGCCCGCGAAGUCGCAAAGGAACGGGCCAACUCUCUUGCCCACAAACCCAGUCGCCCUUCACUCAACCCUGCAACCAAGAGUACCACCCGCGCGACUCGGGGCGCAACCCCAUCCGCUGAUGCUCACAAACCAUCGACCAGCACCACCGCCUCCAAACCUCGAUCCAAAUCACCCACCAGACCUGUGCGCCUGCCCAACUCGAUGGCCGCACAAACCCAAUCGUCGAAUGCCAAGCACGGAACCGCUGGACCUGCGACGGGACGGACCGAAAAGCCAGCCGCAACUCUCACGAGAAAGCCAUCCUCGCUGAAGAGUGCAGCUCCUGCAGCGGCUGUGCGGCGACAGUCUUCUCGCCCUUCCCUUCCACAUCAGCCCGCCCCUGAACGGCCCAGCUCUCGGGUCAGUGACAUUGGCGCAAAGCCUGUCAACGAAAGCUUCCUUGCUCGGAUGAUGCGUCCGACAGCUAGCUCCGCUAGCAAGACCCACGAGAAGACCGAUGUCAAGGCUCCUCCCAAGCCUGCAGCCUCCAAGGCUCCCCGCCAGUCAGUGGGACGAGCUUCGGAGCGCGGGGUGGCCCAGCCAAAGGCAAAGCCUGCGGCUCUGAAGCCACAAAGUGAGAAGGCUCAGCCAGCCAGCAAGGAGGGUCCAUCGAAGAAGGAAGAAGUGAAGGUUCCUCAGAACAGACAGGAGAGUGAGAAGGAGAACAUUGAGGAAGUCCCCGCGCCGAUCCCGGAAGAGCCUUCUGUCCCUGAGACCGACGAUGCCACCGUUGAAGAGCCCGAGUCAGAGGUCACUUCCAAGGCAGCUGUUGAUGACGUGGUAGAGAAGCCAACCGAGCCAGCCAUCCCCGAAGCUAAGCCUGAGCUCUCUCUGGAGCCAGUUGCCGAGCCUACCGAGCCGGCUGUCGAGCCAACUGCCACAGAGGCCGUAGUCGAAGUUUCCACUGAGCCUGUCGCCCCGAAUGCUCCCGAGACAUCUGGCCAUCAAGAGGAGACAACCAAGGAGAGGGAGGCUCCCGCUGAGGUCUCUUCUACUGAGACGACGCAUGAAUCUGCUGAGCUGGAGGGUGUGCCUGAGGUGAAGGAUAUCGGAGAGGUGCCUGCUGAAACCACCACUGAGGUCAAUGGCGAGAAGGAGUCCUCGGAAUCGCAACCCGAGCCAGAGGCACCUAAGGAGACUACCUCUGAGGCCGUUGUGGAGCCCACCGAGCCCGUCGUUGCCGAGGAUGCCAGCCCCAUUGAACCAAAGGAGACUUCCAAGGCAGAGCCCGUGUUCACUGAGCAGACUGAAACUUCGACCUCGGCUUCCACUGACGAUGUACCCGAGAUCAUGGAGGAUCUGAGCGAAGCUCAGGUCUCCGAGAAGAUCCAGGAGCCCAAGGAGUCUAUCCCAGUUGUAGAGUGUGCAGCUCCAGCCAAGUCGGACACGGUCGACAUUGACUUUGCCAGUCUGGCCCUGAGCUAG